CUAGUGGGGUUCAUAACGUUAGUCUGCAGUGCUAGAACAGGCUGUGUUAGUCAUCAAUUCCUUCACUUUGGCUUAAGAUUAUUUAGAGCUUGCAGUCAUGGCUUUGUACUCCUCUUCAUCGUCCUACAGGACAUCUACUGGUUCCCUAGGUGGUGCCAAAGGUCCUGGAUCCAGGACCUCUGUUUCUUUUUCCAAAUAUGGUCCUAGUGGAGCAGGGGGAGCUUAUGGUGGCAAUGUAGGUUACUGCCAAGUUGGUGAUUUAGGUGCUGGUUAUGAUGGUGGUUUUGCAGGGUAUGGACAGGGUGGUGGUGCUGGCUUUGGUGGAGGAGCAGGAGCUGGCUAUGGUGGAGGAGCAGGAGCUGGUUUUGGUGGAGGAGCAGGAGCUGGCUAUGGUGGAGGAGCAGGAGCUGGCUAUGGUGGAGGAGCAGGAGCUGGCUAUGGUGGAGGAGCAGGAGCUGGCUUUGGUGGUGGAGCAGGUGCUGGUUUUGGUGGAGGAGCUGGUGGUGGAUAUGGAUUUAACCAGGGAGGAGGAUUUGGUGAAGGCCUCCUUGCUACCAAUGAAAAGCAAACCAUGCAGAACUUGAAUGACCGCCUGGCCAACUAUUUGGGCAAAGUACAGAGCUUGGAGGACUCCAAUGCUGAAUUGGAGAAAAAGAUUCGGGAAUGGUAUGAAAAGCAAAGUCCUGUUAGUAACGCUGCUGAUUACAGCCAAUAUUACAAGACAAUUCAGGAUCUCCGUGACAAGAUCUUUGCUGCCACUAAAGAUAACAACAAAGUGCUCCUGGAGAUUGAUAACACUAGACUCACCACUGAUGACUUCAGAAUGAAGUACGAGAAUGAAUUGGCACUUCGCCAGAGUGUGGAGGCUGACAUCAAUGGCCUGCGCAGAGUCCAGGAUGAUCUAACUAUGUCUAAGUCUGACCUGGAAAGCCAGAUUGAAAGCCUUACAGAGGAACUGGCUUACAUGAAGAAGAACCAUGAAGAGGAAAUGAAGGGAUUGCAUGGCCAAACCAGUGGAUCAGUUAAUGUGGAGAUGAACGCAGCUCCAGGUAUUGAUCUUAGCAAGAUCCUGUCUGAUAUGAGAUCCGAAUAUGAAAGGAUGUCUGAUAAAUACCGGCAGAACGCUGAAGCCAUGUUCCUCGCUCAGGCCAAAGAACUGCAAACACAGGUUGUUAGUGGAAGCCAAGAGGUCCAGACAUCCAAAUCAGAGAUUACAACUCUGAAGCACACACUCCAAAGCUUAGAGAUAGAACUACAGUCUCAGCUUAGCAUGAAAUCAGCUUUAGAAGCAUCCUUGGCUGAUACGGAAGGUAGAUACUGUGCACAGCUUGGUCAAAUUCAGCAACUCAUAGCUAACCUAGAGGAAGAGAUUGCAGAUCUCCGAAACCAACAGGAACACCAGAGCAGCGAGUACAAGAUGCUUCUGGAUAUCAAGUCUCGCCUGGAACAGGAGAUCGCCAAAUAUAGAGAACUACUGGAUGGACAAGAUCUUAAAAUUCCUGGUGUUGUUUCAAGUACGACCACUACAUCAACGUCUUCCUCUUCUUCUUCCACCACAACAGCAACUACAAGAAAACCUUAGACCGAAGCACUCAGAUAACUCCGCAACCAUCAAAGAUAUGGCACUUCAAUACAGCCUGUUGUAUACUGCAUCUCACCUUUCUACUGACCACUUUCAGUCUUCCUGCAAAGUUCCUUGGGGUACAAGGAGAAUCCUUACAUGGUGUUUCUCUGACUUCUUUGGUGUUCAAUAAACUUUCUGUCUGUUGCAAAGUA